AUGAAAAAUACCAAGUAUAACCAGUCUAAUUCGAAUUUACAUGGAAGAAAUAAAUAUGAAUUAAGAUGUAAGAAAAACGGGAAAAAUAAAAACAUAAAUGAAGAAGAAUCUGAUGAAAUCUCCGACAAUUUAAGCGAUUCCUCCUUAUCAUGUGCAUCUAAAUAUAUGACUAGGGGAGAAAGAAAAUAUGGAGAGAGUGCUUGUAAUUUGAAUAAUAUUAGUAACAUAGGAAACAAUAUUAACAACAGCAAUGGUAAUAACAGCAAUGGUAAUAACAGCAAUGGUAAUAAUAGCAAUGGUAAUAAUAGCAAUGGCAAUAACAGUAGUGGUAAUAACAGCAGUGGUAAUAACAGUAGUGGUAAUAACAGCAGUGGUAAUAACAGCAGUGGUAAUAAUUAUGUAGUAAGGGGUGAAAGGGUGAACAACCAAACUCAGAGAGAAAAUAAAGACAAGGGUAAAAACGCACUGACAGUUGACCUAAACGAUAACCUACUUAUAAACAAUGUGUUUUCUAAACAAAGCUUUGUAUAUGAUCAUUAUAGAAAAAAAGAUAUAUUAUUGAGUUUAUGGUGGAAAAAUAUUGUGGAUUUAUAUUCAGAUAUAUUAAUAACGAAUUUGUAUAAUAAUGUUAGUAACAUAGAAAUUUUAAAUAUGAACAACCAUUCAAAAGAUGGUUAUCAGUACCUUAAUGAAGGAAUCGUUGUUUUUCACAAUUCGAAAAAAAGAGAUAAUUAUAAAAUGAGCAUACUACGUGUAAUAACUAAAGAAGAAGUAAAUAAAAAAAAUGAACAAGAUUUUUUUUAUUCCUCUGCUCUUAAAAAUAAUAUUAUAGAUGAUUCUUUUAAAAAAUAUUAUGGGAAGAAAUAUAAACACGUACCAAUUAUUAAAAGAUAUAAUUGUAUGAAUAUACCAUAUUAUGCUACUAAUUCCACUAUAUUAUAUUGCAAUAAAGAAAUGUGCAAUAAUGGCACCAAUUUUGUACACGAUGGGAAUGUUAUUAUAGCAAAUAAAUCCAUAAAAGGUAAGAUAUAUUUAUAUAAUAUUAAGAAAACAAUAGAUAGAAUAAAUAAAAUAGAAGAAGAUGGAAUGUUAGAUAAAGAAUUAAAUGAUGAUGACGAAAGAGGAGAAAACGAAAACGAAAAUGAAAAUGAGAAUGAAGAUAAAGAUGACGAUACGAAGUUCGAUGUUAGACAAGACAAAUGUGAACAAGGAAAAAGGGGAUAUAAUUUAAAUAAAAAUUAUGUAAGAAAUAAUGAUGCAUCGAAUGAAAAGGAUGUGAAGAAUAAAAGAAUUCAAGUGUCCGAAAAAUAUAGAAAAAAAUUACAACAAAGGAAAAUAUAUGAUGGACAAUUAUUACUAGAAUUAGUAGGGCACACGAAAACAGGAAAAGGGCUUUUUUUUAAAAAUAAUUAUUUACUGAGUAACGGGGACGAUAAAAACAUAUUCAUAUAUGAUAUUAACAGUAAUGCUAGUAAUAAUACUAAGUCGAGUAGUAAUAGUAAUAGCAAUAGCAGUAAUAGUAAUAAUAAUAAUCAUAGUAGUAGUAGUGAUAAUAAUAAUGGUAAAUAUAGUGAUGACCAUGAAAAUGUGUGUAAAAUUCAUCCAUAUAUAUCCAUUAAAACGAAUGAAUUGUAUAGCAAUGUGAGAUGGUUGUAUGAUUCGUUAAUUAUAGGGUCAACAUAUAGUGGUUAUUUUUCAUUAUUUGAUAUAAGGAUGAAAAAUAAAAAUACACAAAAUAAGUUCAAUCAUGUGAGCAGUAGUAGUAGUAAUAGUAGUAACAGCAGAAAUGUAUUUUCAACAAGUACUUCAAGUAGUAGUAAUAAUGUGAAUAUUCACUCAAUUCAUAAGAAAAUAACGAAAUAUGAAAUAUCCGACAUUGAUAAAUAUAACAGUGAAGAUAAUAAUUUGAUUUGUUUAAGUUCAUUAAAUAAUAUUUUUAUAUUUGAUAUACGCUUUAUAAACAAUAACUUACCAUAUAAAAUUAUACAUGAUAAUUCGUAUAAUAAUUAUAGUUUAAAUGAUUGUUAUUUUGAGCCCUAUCAGACAUCCUUACAAAAUGGAGAAUAUACUAACAGUACAAAUGUGAAUUACUUUUAUGAUCAUUCAUACAAUAAUUAUUACAAUGAAGAUUUUUUCAAUUCAGAUACUUUUAUUCAUUCCCUCUUUUGGUGUAAUAUUGAAGCCUUUAAUUAUAUUGGCUCAUUAAAUAAUAAAGGAAUAAUUAAUUUAUUUGAUGUAAAUAAAAGCAAACAUCACUGUGUCUUUACCUAUGGAUGCAAAUACAUAAAAUUGUUCAAGUUUAACCCUUUUAAAAUUAAUAAUUUUGUUUCGGUUGAUAAAAAUAAUAUCCUUAUACUUUUUACACUACCAGACCAGAUAUACAAAAGCGAUUUGGACUUGUACCUUAAAGACAAUUUUAAGGAAGAGUAG